AUGUCGCAAUUUACGGCUUUCUCAUCGCGGGCCGCCGCGGCCGCUCCUCCGACCGCAUCUCCCAAAACCGUACCGAUUCCCGCGACCACACCCACGAGCCUGCCAGAGGUCGAGCAGGCAUUCGCCGACCAGCCGGAGCUAAAGAAGCGAGUGUACAGCGCCAUCGGCGACUCGCCCCAGCACCAACCGCUAUUCUCGUCCAUUUCGUCGUACAUCGUUCAGCUGCGCCAAAACAACGCCCCUCCCUCCACUUCCGCGGCCACGAACGGCGCCGCAACGACCGCCGCAACUCCGACGACGACCGACGAACCGGCGGCGAAGAAGCGGAAGAUUGUCGGCGGCGGCGGCGAGGCUGCCGCUGCAGGCGCAGGCGCAGGGACAUCGGGAGCAUGGGCGAACAGCGAGGCGGGCGCCGACUUUGCGCUCCCGGACGUGAGCUUCUCGAUUCCGCAGCGCAAGAAGCUGCAGCUGCAGCUGGUGGCGGCGUCGGCGGGGGCUGGGGACAGUUCCGGCGGCGGGCUGCGGGCCUGCUCGGGCGGCGGGGCGAACGUCGAGUUCGGGAUUGGGUUUAGGGAUGUUGAGCAAGUCUUUUGCCUCCCGAUUCCCGAGAAAGCGAAACGCCAAUGGAACUUUAUCAUUGUGCCGAAGGGUAAUGACGGGUUCAACGCUGCACCGGAGGGCACCACGCCGCCGGAGCAGAUCGUUUGGACUUUCCAGGAGCCGACGAACAAGGAGCUGGAAGCCGGCGCGGAGGCGGGACCGGAGCACAUGGCGGAGCGGCUCAACAGGUUUUUGACGCCGUUUGGGAAAAAGGUCGUGUUUCCGACCAAGGAGGAGUUUCAAAGCACCAUCCCCCAGAGCCACCGGAAGGGUGAGCCUGGGUUCCACGUCAAGGCGUUCAGAGGAAGCAAAGAGGGCUUUUUGUUCCUUACCAGCGUUGGCAUCAUUUUUGGCUUCAAGAAGCCGCUAGUCUACUUCUCUUUUGGCAGCGUCGAGUCCAUCUCGUACACGUCUGUGCUGCAGCGCACGUUCAACCUCAACGUAACGACCAAUCCCAGCGGCGGCCCCGAGCAGAAGUCGCAGGAGAUUGAGUUCUCGAUGCUCGAUCAGGCGGACUACACGGGCAUCGACCAAUACAUCAAGCACCACGGCCUCAACGACGCGUCGAUGGCGGCGCAGCGCAAGGCGCAGAUGUACAACGUCAACGGCCCCGGUGAGGGCGGCGGAGAGGACGCGGCGGCGGAGGGCGAGGACGGCGAGACGGAGCUGGAGAAGGCACAGAGGCUGUUGGAGGACGAGGAGGAUGAGGAUGAGGAAGACUACGAUCCCGGCUCCGACGGCGAGAGUGAAGGCUCGGGGACAAGCAGCGACGAAGAUGACGAUGACGAAGACGAUGAAGAAGGCGAGGAGGGGGAUGAGAACGAUAUUGUGCAGGACGAGCUGGGCAGUGAGGCGGAAGACGUUCAGCUCUCAGAUGAAGAGUAG